AGAUAGAUGUAUUUGGCCAAAGACUAUAGAAAUUAGAAUUAUAUAGAAUUUAGUCUUAAAGAGACUUUGAUUUAGCGCAGUGUAGCGUGUUUUGACCGCUGUUCAAAAGUUAUAAAUAGUUCAAUGUAUAAUUAAAAAAUACCUUUAAGCCCCCUCACCCUUUUUCUUUGACCGGCUUUGGGAGGUCAAGCUUUGACCGUAGACAACACCUGUCGAUGUCUUCUGGUGAUGUGCAGCGCCUGUACCACAGGGCGGAGCUACAGCCGAGGUUUACAGAGCGAGCUUGACGUCUGCAGACAACUAGCGCCAUCUGUUUCCCUCGUCCUUGCCUAAAUCAAAACGUCGAACGAGAGUGAAAUAUGGUGACGAAGCGAAUUAGGUCCGAAUACAUGAAGAAAUUUAAAGAUCCGAAAUGGGACACUUAUGCAAAAUGUUAUGAGGAUUUGCUGAAGUACAGACUGUCGAGACGGCUGUUGGAGCAAGCGCACAACCCCUGGUUCUGGGGAGAAUGGGGGAGCGAGACAGGCUCCAGUGGUACAUCUACUCCUCUGAGACGGAACAAAGUUGAACCUGAGAGGAUCCAUGAUGAGAAAGCAGAAAGAUCUGCAUGUGUGACACCAGAACCACAGGCAGAAGAACUGGACAGAGGCGCUGCAGACACCAAGCUAGUUACCGGAGUUAAUGAGCAGAGUCAUCAAGAGAGAGAGGAAGAGAGAGCCAGAGAAAGCUCUCCUGCUCUCAUUCCAGAAACUGACACGCAUAUUCUGAACACACCAAAGAGCAAACUCCUCUCCUCACACAAGUAUACACGAUCCAAGGUCAAGCCUCAUGCAACCAAAGACCCUGAAAAAGAAAAUCGUCAUCCUUUUGCCCUGUAUGGUGCAGGAGAGAGACAGACAGAUAUGGCUUCCAAGAAAACCCAUAAUGUUGGUCCUGCAGCAUCAACUGCAGAGAUCCAUGAGUCAGCGAUGCGAGCAAGAACCAGACGAGAGGUGGAAAAACAGAUGAAGAGAUUUGACAAACAAAGAGCCAGAUCUGCUGACUUCGAAAAUAACAGAAAUAAGGUUGUCCCCGAUUUCAACCCCUGGAUGACGGAGUACAUGCGCUGCUUUUCAGCUCGUUCUCGCACGCUGGUCUUGGACAUCAGGAUUCUGCAAGCUUGCCCAGACCUCAUCCAUGUAUCAGACCCAAGGAGCACUUUAAUGUCUGGCAAAGUUCCCUUGUUCACUUUAAUGGAAUGAUUAUUUAAAAAAAAUAAAAACUUCAUUUGUUGCAUGAA